AGAGAGAUAUACAACACAAUGAGUGAUACGAUGGAGAAACAACUACCUGUCGUUAGCUUUGAAUCAAAGGACGACAGCAAGAAAUAUAGAUCAAAGAAGAGAAAGGAGAGGAAGAUCAGGAAAGAGAAGGGACAGGUCGUAAAGAGAGUACAAAAGAGAGAAUAUCAAAGCAGUAGUGAAGAUGAAUCAGGAGAGGAUGAUGAUAAUGAUGAGUUUGAAGAUGAUAAUGUUGAAGGAGGAGGACAAGUGAAUGGUGAUGAUAAUGAUGCUGCUGUUGAGGGCAAUAUUAAGAAGAAGAAGAGACAGGAGGUAGCUCCACCUGUAGAACAAUCAAAGGAAGAGAGAUUCUCAAGUGUAUUGUCAUCGAUCUUGAACAAACAACCAAAGAAGGACGCACCAAUCUUGGCAAAGUAUAAGAAGGCCGAUCAACAAAUUGCAGAGGAGCAGAAACACGAACGACUGGCCAAGCAAAAGGCCAUUGAGAAGAGAAUACUAGAGACUAAGGAUCACAGGACCAUCGAGAUACUGAUAACAAACAGUGAGCGAGAUCUAAUGAAGACCGCCAAAAGAGGUGUAAUCAAGCUAUUCAAUGCCGUGUCCAAACAUCAACGCGAUACAACUACAGUGGAGCUAGACGACAAGCCAAACAUAGUGUCAAAGAAUCAGUUCCUGGACAAACUAAAGUCAACAAAGAAGGAGCCUUCAGUAAAGGUGGAGGUCAAGUCAGAGCGCGAUGAUGAUGAUGAAGGAGGAGAAGGUUGGGAUGCACUUAAGGAGGACUAUAUGUUGGAUGACAAUGCAUUCGAAGCAUAUAACGACGAAGAUGAUGACAAUGAA